CUCUGGGUGGGCGUGUCCUCGCUCAGGGUGGGCGUGUCCUCGCUCUGGGUGGGCGUGUCCUCGCCCUGGGGGGGCGUGUCCUCGCUCUUGGUGGGCGUGUCCUCGCUCUGGGGGCGUGUCCCCCGCCCGCCUCAGCCAAUGGCGCCGCGUUUCCGCCGCUCGCGGUUAUAAAGCGGGCGGGCGGCGCGGGGCCGUGGGUUCGAGUCCCGCCGCUCCCGGUGCGGCCGCGCGGAUGGAGCCGCCGUUUUACCGCCCCGCGCCCUUCCCGGGCGGCUUCUGCCGCCCCGAGCCCGAUUACGGCACCUUACCGGGGUCUCUACAACAGGGUUCCCCCCCGGAGCCUUUCCGCGGGCUCAAACCGGCGCCGUGCCCCGACGGCACCUUCUUCGGCAGCGGCGCCGGUACCGGCAGCUUCUUCUACCCCGGUCCCGGCGAGCGCGACGCUUUCACCGGCAGCUUCGCCCAAGCGCUGGACGAGCUGCACCAACCGGGGCCGCCCAACGUGGCGCUCCCGGAGCCACCGGCGCUCAGCACGACGGCGGCGGGGAUGGGGGGACCCUUCCCGGGGGUCCCCGGAGCGGAGGCGGAGGCGGCGGAAGCGGGCGCGGACUCCCCGGAGCUGCUGCAGGCGGAGCGGCGGAGGCUGCGGAACCGGCUGGCGGCGAGCCGGUGCCGGCGGCGGAAGCUGGAGCGGAUCGCCCGUUUGGAGCAGCGCGUCCGGGGGCUCCGGGCACAGAACGCGGCGCUGGCGGCCACGGCGGCGGGGCUGCGAGCCCAGGUGCGGCGGCUCCGCGGCUCCGUGCGGGACCACGCGGGUUCGGGCUGCCCGCUGCCCCCGGGAGCCGCGCUCGGCUUCUAGAAACGCCUGAUGGACCCGGCCAGGGGGG